CGGCAACUGCGCUCGGUCGCCUAGGCAAUGGCUGAGCAUGCGCAGUGCGCUGCUCAAUGCGGCAGAAUGCCGUGAGACGUGGCGGCGGACGACACGGCAGCAAGUGCGAUCUGGCUACAAAAGCAACACCGGGAGUAGCAGCAACCAUAGCGACCGGGUGAGGCAACGCGGAUCUCGAUAGCUAUACAUGGAGAUCCCGGAGGACACAACCGCUUCCAAGAAUACAUGCGAGCUACGCGGCCUGUUCUACGGCAAGUCAAUCUGGGUGGAGAACUGCGACUGCUACUGGAAUGAACGUCGCCAACUGGUCUACUGUUCCCGCGAGCGCUGGCAGCUGAACCGCAAGGGGUGCGCCCUCCGACUGGAAGCCACGUGCGGGUAUACGUGGAGUUGGAACCUCGAGUCGGUCUCCCGUGUCAGUCUCGGUGCCACCAGACGUGGUCCUACUCAGCCCAUCCAGGAGGAGUGCGUGGAGUUGCGUUCUCGAGCCGUCGUCCGUGUGAGUCCCGGUGCCACCAGACGUCCUCCUAGCCAGCAGCUUGCAGAGCUACGCGGCCUGUUCUACGGCAAGUCAAUCUGGGUGGAGAACUGCGACUGCUACUGGAAUGAACGUCGCCAACUGGUCUACUGUUCCCGCGAGCGCUGGCAGCUGAACCGCAAGGGGUGCGCCCUCCGACUGGAAGCCACGUGCGGGUAUACGUGGAGUUGGAACCUCGAGUCGGUCUCCCGUCUCAGUCUCGGUGCCACCAGACGUGGUCCUACUCAGCCCAUCCAGGAGGAGUGCGUGGAGUUGCGUUCUCGAGCCGUCGUCCCUGUGAGUCCCGGUGCCACCAGACGUCCUCCUAGCAGGAGUGUGUGGAGUUGCGUUCUCGAGCCGUCGUCCGUGGGAGUCCCGGUACCACCAGACGUCCUCCUAGCCAGCAGAGCCACGCGGCCUGUUGUACGGCAAGCCGAUCUGGGUGGAGAACUGCGACUGCUACUGGAAUGGACGUCGCCAGCUGAACCGCAAGGGCUGCGCCCUCCGACUGGAAGCCACAUGCGGGUGUACGUGGAGUUGGAACCUCGAGCCGGUCUCCCGUGUCAGGCUCGGUGCCACCAGACGUGCUCCUACUCAGCCCAUCCAGACGUGACACUUCUACGCCGCUGACAAGAUCGAGCCACAACUAGGCACCCAAGCACGACCAAGAGGGCCCGGCACAUAUUGGACUCAUUCGUGAAAUCAGGUCCGGCCCCAGGGAGCAUGAAUGAAUCUAGGGGGCCCAUAACCACCGGAACGUUUCCGGGUGUACACAUUGACGUUAAUAAAGCAGUGAAA